AGGUAAAGUCUCGUACCGCGUAUUGUCGUUGAAAUGGCGAAUGUGAUAACAUGUAACAUGGAUUAAAACUACAACAUUACAGCUGUCCUUGGGUUUACUGAUGUGUACAUUGUGAUCGUCCUCGCGCAUUUUCGAAUGGACACGUCUAGUGAUUCCAGUGCUUAUAAGACAACUGUUUCUUCAACUCACGGGAUAUAAUUAAGGUCAUAUAAAACGUUGACUCAAGAAACGACGAUCUAUUUCCUGUUGAGCAAUACAUGACUGGAUUUGUAGAAAUGCCAAGGAUGCAUGUUACCUCUCUUGUUCUCUUGAUCAUAGUUCUGACAGUACAAGGACUCAACGUUACACACAUUAGCUGUGGCACCUACUGCGAUGCAAUGCCUGGAAAAGCAUAUACAUUAAGUUGUUCCUGGAUUAAAAUGCUUUCUUCAGGUAUCAUAUGGGCAAUCAACGGAGUUCAAAAACUGGUAUGUGACAAACAUGGAACAUGUGAAUGUAUUGAUCCUGAUGAAGGAGGAUAUAAUGGAUCUUAUUACAAUAACUCGGCAAAGCUGGUUAUUCAAUCAUUUGAUUAUAAUAAACACAGUGGCCUCUGGAAAUGUCAAGAUGGUUCUGGCCCCCAAAAGAGUUGUUACAUUCACCAAAGAGAUAUUGGCACAUUGCAAGGCACUUGUGAAAAACACGGAGGAAUGCACAAUGUCAGCUGCUUUGGUGUGCCAUCAAGAAACACAUUUCCACUGGAAGUAGAGAUUAAGAAUAGUAGUGGUGCUGUAAUUGCGUACGGAAGUGGUCCAGUGGAUAGUGUACAGCCUGACCGGGAAAAAGAAACAUACAACUGUACUGUAUCCGGCGAGGCAACAGAAUGUCUUAAGGUCAAACACGUUACUAUCAAAUGCGAAAGUGACAUUGUCACAUCAUCAGGACCGAAAUUCCAAGGGACCAUUCUUGUCAUCAUUGCGAUAUUUUCACUUUGAUUCUGCUGAAGCCACUGGACAGGAAACUUAAGGCAAAGCUGUUGAAACUGUGAACGCUGUAUCCAAGCUCUAGCAUUUUGCAAUAAUAUUGUUCAACAUUAUUGAUUGGUUAUUGUAAAUAUAAUCUUACGACUACACUGAAAACAUAAAACAAUUAGCAUAAAAACAUAAUAACAACUUGUGGUGAAGUUAUUUAUAUAGUGUAUAAAUACAGUAUUUUGUGGUCAUUGAUCAGGUUAUAAAUCUAUUAGAUUCUUUAAGAUAAUCAUAAACUACUUGGAAAAUAAUCAUGAGUAUUGUCAACAUAAAGGAAUGAAUCCAUGUCUGCUAGGCCUCCUUCAGUCAAACGCUUAUGUCUAAAACUGUUAUAGUUAUAGAAAACUUUACCCGAUGUUUGAUCCUUUGCAGUUACUCUAAACAGACCAACGUUUAAGCUGCUACAUGAGUGCACUUGUCUCGUUUGAAAAUGUUAGCAGCUAUAUUGCCAUAGUAAUAACAUUCUGUUUCGGAUAUAGCAUGGACGGUAAUAUUUGUUUAAACAUUGACAACGAUGAAUUGUUUGAUAUUUCAUUCUAUUUUUUCCCCCGUAUAUAUAGAUUUUCUGGUAUAUAUCCUUUCAGAAAAAGUGUAGGUCUCACAAACUGAUAGUGAUAUCUGAUUCAUAACGUAUGUCAUAUUUAGUGGUACUUCGUGGUAGCAACUCGUAUGGCGUAUGACAGAGUUGUAUUGUUAAUUAUCUUUCAAACUGAUGUGAGUCUUUCUUCUUCUAUACUUAUGAUCGAGGUACCCAUCCAGUUUCAAAAGAUAUCAAACUAUUCCCUUGAUGUAAAAUGUCUUAAGUCAGUAACUAUCAGCUCCUAGUUCUAUUUCUCUAAGCCUCCUAAUCAUAUUCGGUACAAUUAUCUUCAGAGGCAUAUUCCAAAAUCGAUCUAAUUAAGAUUAUGAACAUUCUUUGAGUGAAUUAGUUUGUGUUUGAGUGUUCUCUUUGCUGUUACUAUUGUAAAAGUGCUUGAGAUAAUAUUAGCAAUUUGUAUCAACCAUUUGUUGUCUUGAGAGAGCUUUAUUUCAAAUAUUUGUGUGGCGACACGUUUGAAAUUAGGUUGUUGUUAAAUUAAAGAGAUGGGUAAAUAGCAUUACUUUUGUGAUUAAACAACACAAAUUUAGUUUCGGAAGUUUUGAAUUGAAUUAACAAUGUAUUGGCCCAGUGGCCAAGUAGGAAAUAUAUAAAUAAUUUCACAAUUAUAUAUAUUUGCCUCAUAUUUAACUGCACUGAUAAAUUAACUGAUAGCCGUUUUAUAUGAAGUUUAUGAAAACUAGUUACGUGUUCAUUUUUAAUUCAUUUUAAAAUUUGAUGAUCACUGUUCAUCAAUUUGUACCAUUAUACAAAUGGUGUGACACGUGUAGGGGGAAGUAGGUUAUAUUGAUGUUGUUACGAUUUACAUGCUUCUAAUACGCCCAUCUCUUUUUAGAUUUGUGCACACCCACCAUACUUUUAAGAAUUCAUAUGAAUUAAAACUGAUAUCUUACAACCAUUAUGACCUCUAAACUGCUUGUGCGGGAAAGGUAUGUUUCUCCACUUUCAUAAAUAAUAUAAAGUAGCAUUCAGUUUAUAUUCAGUAGGUCAUUUCAACUCUUUUCAAGGAAAGUAGAGCAUGUAUUAUUGAUUGCUAUGACACUAUCAAAUGUAUUGUUACACAGAAACGUUUUAUGACACAGAACUGCGUGUGAUACAUUACAAGUGUGGAUAUGAAUGGUAGCAAUACAUGUUUUACUAAGCCCAUUUUAAAUGCGCAUAAGCACAUACACCUUUUCAACGCACAUAUUAUCGAUUAUGCUAAUCGCAGAGUGUACAGUAGUGAAAUGACUACAGCUAUAUUUGAAUAUCAUGCAAACGUUAUGUUUAAAUCAGUGCCACAUCACAUAUGAGAUGUGGCACUAUUCUAAGCGUGUAUAUGUAUGUAUGAAUAGAAAAAGAACAGAUGUCCAUUAUGCUUUUGAAACGUAUAAUUUUCCAAACUUUCCUUCUUAGUUUAAUGUAUAUUUGUGCACUCACACCAUGAAUAUAUUUACGUCUCCAACUAGUGUCACUACUGUCAGUAAGGCAAUGUGACGUGACAAAUAUUAUGUCGGCCGUCAUACAUGACCAUGUCUCCCUCAAUUGUCACUAAAUGUAACGUCAUAGGAAUUCAUUACGACUAUGACUGCGUUUCACAAGGACUUUUGACAAGUACAAAUAUCUAGACUCUGUUUUGUUGUAUAUUUAAUGCUUCUACACCUGAAGAUGUCACUUUUUAUAUAUCAUUCUAAGGGAGGCUAGGCUCGGGGCAAUCAUCAACAGUAAUCCAUAUUUUAAUUUUCAUACACUUCAUGUCAAUAUGAUAGAUGCUGUGGCAACACAUAUGUGCUUAUAUAUGCUGAAAUAAACACAUUAUCCUGUC